UGUCAUCUUGUAUGUAAGGUUACGAGGUGGUUACGAAAACAAUUGCUAUUUAGUUAUUCACUCAAUUUAAAAAUCUUAUAUAUAUAUUGCGGCCGAAUACAAUGUUCUGUGUAGUAUAACAAUUAAUAGUGCCGAAGGUACAAGCACGAAACAGACUCCGCGAAGAUAAGAUCCUGAAAUCAAAUAAAAUGUCUAGAGUUUGUGAUCCUGCUGGUCAUAAAUUUAUACCAGUCGAAGUUGACGAUUUUGAUAUAUAUACCGGAAUUUAUAAAAUUCUUUCAGUUAUUAAACCGGAUUGGCCUCAGGAAAACAUUAAAUUUAAGAUUUUUACUGACGGAAUCACGAAUAAAUUAGUAGCUUGUCAAUUGGAUCCUGUCAAUAAUCUUGAAAACAAUGAAAAUGUUGUGCUUGUGAGGAUUUAUGGAAACAAAACUGAUUUACUUAUUGACAGAAAUGCAGAAGUUAGGAACAUAACAGUGCUUAAUAAAGCAGGAUUAGCUCCAAAAAUAUAUGGUGUAUUUAAAAAUGGUUUAUCCUAUGAAUAUUAUCCUGGUGUUACUCUAGACACAGACACUGUAACUGAUGCAAAAAUAUCUCGUCUUGUGGCACAACAAAUGGCCAGAAUGCACAAAAUUCAACUGGGUGAAGAGGUACCCAGGGAACCAAUGGUGUGGGACAAAAUAGAGCAAUUCUUGAGUUUAGUUCCAGAAAAAUUCACAGACGCAAAUAAACAUGUCAGAUUUACGAAUAGCUUUGGAUCAAUAACACGGCUCAGGAUAGAAUUUGAACGUCUAAAGUCACACUUAAUAAAAACUGAGAGCCCGAUUGUGUUUGCUCACAAUGAUUUGCUUCUAGGAAACGUGAUCUACGACGAAUCUAAAGGGACAGUUUCUUUUAUUGAUUAUGAAUAUGCCUCGUAUAAUUAUCAAGCCUAUGAUAUAGCAAAUCAUUUUAAUGAAUUUGUUGGUAUAUCGAUCGAAAAUAUGGAUUACAGCCGAUAUCCGAGUAAGGAUUUUCAGAUUAAUUGGAUACGAAUUUAUCUGGCGGAGUAUUUAGAUAACCCGACGCCAUCUGAAGAGCAAAUUGAGGAAAUCUACAAAGAUGUACAACGUCUAUCUUUGGCAUCUCACUUUAAGUGGGGUAUUUGGUCCUUGGUCCAAUUUGAGCUGUCCGACAUUGACUUCGACUUUGGCAGGUACGCGGAAAUGCGGCUUAACAGAUAUUUUGAAGUAAAAAAUGCAGUCUACAAGGAAUUACUGUGAUAAAUGAUUAUUAUAACUUACCCUUGAAUGUGAAUAAAAUGGUACAAUAAUAAUUAUUAUGUACAUAUUGGUAAAUUAAAAGAUAUUUAUAAAUAGAUAUAAGUAAAGCAGCUAUGUUAAUAAACCUGGUGAUCAUAAUAAAAAUAAUAUGUAAUAACAA